UGCACCAAUUGAUUCCUUCCCCCUCUCAUCCUGUGUCUUCACCCUCUCCAUCUCUCAUCUCCCUCCCCCUCAUUGUUGAAUGGUCAGGAGGUGUGUGAAUGUGUUCGUCUUUGCUGAGGAGGGGUUGCAUGCGUGCUUGAUUGUGUGUGAGUGUGUAUUUGUGUGUGUGCACCUGUGUGUGUUAAACCAGCAUUGUUCCUGAUAGAGGGAAGGCUGUGCCGCGUUGUUUGGAAAAUCCAAGGUCAUUGGAGCCCGGUCACAUGCGCCGUAUGCGAGCGUGCGUGUGUGAUUGAGUGUCUGUGUGAGAGUGUGUGUGUGUGUGUGUCUCUCUCCCUCUCUCUCUCUCUGGCUAUGUGACAGAGAAAGAGGCUUCAGGCAAAGAACAGAGAAUUUCAUCAGGUUUUCCAUCAAUGUACGGUGUUUGUGGAUGCUGUGGGGCCCUGAGACCCCGAUAUAAGAGGCUGGUGGAUAACAUCUUUCCUGAAGACCCUGAGGACGGUUUGGUGAAAGCUAACAUGGAGAAGCUUACUUUUUACGCCUUGUCUGCUCCAGAGAAACUAGACCGUAUCGGUGCCUACCUGUCAGAAAGACUAUCCAGAGACGUCGCCCGGCAUAGAUAUGGGUAUGUUUGUAUUGCUAUGGAGGCGUUGGACCAGCUGCUGAUGGCCUGUCACUGUCAGAGUAUAAACCUUUUUGUGGAGAGUUUCCUUACUAUGGUGCGCAAACUGCUAGAGGCAGACAAACCCAACUUACAGAUCCUGGGCACUAACUCAUUUGUGAAGUUUGCAAAUAUAGAGGAGGACACACCGUCAUACCAUCGUAGCUACGAUUUCUUUGUCUCACGCUUCAGUGAGAUGUGCCAUUCCAGUUACGAGGAUCCAGAUAUUCGCACAAAGAUUCGUAUGGCAGGGAUCAGGGGUCUUCAGGGGGUGGUGAGGAAGACUGUCAAUGAUGAACUGCAGGCAAAUAUUUGGGACCCUCAGCACAUGGACAAAAUCGUGCCGUCUCUCUUAUUCAACCUCCAACAGGAAGAAGUCGCAGAGAGGUCUCCUUCUCCAGAGACCGAGAAGGAUAAGGAAAGUCCAGUGGAGCUGACUGAGAGAUGCUUUCGAGAGCUGCUGGGACGAGCAGCCUACGACAACAUCAAGAAUGCUGUGAAACCUGUGCUCAUGCACCUUGAUAAUCAUUCACUUUGGGAGGGCAAAACAUUUGCAGUGCGCUGUUUCAAAAUCAUUAUGUACUCCAUUCAGACCCAACAUUCACAUCUGGUGAUUCAGCAGCUUUUAGGCCACUUGGAUGCCAACAGUAAGAAUUCAGCCAAAGUGCGUGCUGGGAUAGUGGAGGUGAUCUCAGAAGCAGCGGUCAUAGAAGCCAGUGGCUCCAUAGGGCCAACGGUACUGGAGGUGUUUAAUACUCUACUAAAGCAGCUCAGGCUCAGUGUGGACUACGAGCUCACUGGAUCCUAUGACUCUUUUGCAAACAUGGGCUCCAAGGUCAUUAAAGUACAUGAGGAGAGACAACUCCAAGAAUCUGUCAUUAAAACUAUUGGCUCAUUUGCAAACACGCUGCCCACCUACCAGCGCUCAGAAGUCAUGCUGUUCAUUAUUGGUAAAAUUCCUGUGCCUGGCAUGUAUCCGGCUCUGGGUUCGGCCAACACCGGGGUUGAGGGCAGUAGGAUGAUCCAGAUUAUGCUGCUAAAGUCUCUGCUGCAGGUAACAGCAGGAUUCCAGUCUACGAACAUUUUGACAGCACUUCCCACCUCAUUCCUGGACCCUCUCUUGUCCUUUACUUUGAUGGAGGACGCAGAGAUCCGUCUACUCGUCCUCGACAUCCUCAUCAGCAUCAUUGAUCGUCAUGACAACCGGCACAAAUUCUCCCCUGUCAGAAUUAUAUCAGAUAUCUCCGUACUAAAGCUGAAAGUAGACAAAUGCUCAAGGCAGGAUAACCUGUUCAUGAAGAAACACAGCCAGAGGCUUUACCGCCACAUUUACCUGGCCUGCAAAGAGGAAAGCAGCGUCCAGCGACACUUUGAGUCUCUUCAUAUGCUGCUGGGGUUGAUCUGUGUGGAACUGGCCAAUGAGGAGGUGGUGGUGGACCUGAUCCGACUGGCUUUGGCCUUACAGGACCUGGCCUUGACUGAAGAGGCCCUUCCUAUAUAUACCCGCUGUGCCAUCCACGCUCUGUCAGCUGCUUACCUGAACCUCAUCAGCCAGCUGACCACUGUGCCCACCUUCUGCCAACACGUCCAUGAGGUGAUCGAGUCAAGAAAGAAACUGGUCCCUUUCCUGCUUCCAGAGGAUGUCCUUAUUGAGAGCUCUAAGAUCCCAGAGAAGCUGGAGAAUGUGGAAGGAGAGGUGCUGUUUGUGCAGUCUAAGAUAGCAGAGAUGCUGGGUGGCAGUGGAUACAACACAGAGAGACUGGCCGCACCAUACAUCCCACAGAUCACAGAUGAAGACAGACUGUCCAAGCGGAAGAGCAUUGGAGACACCGUCUCUCUGCAGUUAGAGAUGGAUUCUAGAAACAGUCCAGAGAAAGAACAGAGAUCCACAGCAGAGCAAAUAACAUUUGAAACUCUUAAACAAGCCAUUGUAGACAGUGUGAAUGUGGAGGAGCUGGAGAAAGAGCGGCGAAGGCAGGUGGUGGAGAGGUUUCAGAACGCUCCAUUUGAGGAGAUAGCAGCCCACUGUGGGGCCAGGGCUUCCUUAUUGCAGAGUAAACUCAACCAAAUCUUCGAAAUCACAAUCAGGCCUCCGCCGAGUCCGUCUGGCUCUGUCGGGAAUGGUCACGGCCGGACCCGCUCCAUACCAGUGUAUGAAAUGGACUUUCCAGACCUCUGUGUAUACUGAGAGACCCUGGAGUCCCAGUCGCAGCAUACAGCUGUUUUCAUCCCACUAUUAUCACUCCUUCUCAAUGUCCAGGUGUAACUGUGUCUUCUAAACCAUGUCCUUUAGUGC